AUGAGUCGGUCACACAGUGCUGUGAUCGACCUCACCGAGGAGUCGCCACCUGCCCGCGCACAUACAAGACCUCCGACGCUUAGUACCGACACCCACAUUCUUGAUUGGUCCUCCAGCACUCGUUCAGACCGACCAUCGACCCACAGCGCGACGCCUUCUCUUGCCUCUUCUUCAAGCGGCAGCGGCCCUUCCAACCAAGUAAGCGCGCCCAUCCAGGUGGACAGCGAUGACGAAGACGGGGACAACAGCUUCAUCAUCACGGGGCAAUCUCGACCCGUCAGAAGCUCCGAUUCGCUCCAAAGGUCUUCGUCCUCGGCAACGGCCUUUCAUCGACCGCCCGCUGCACGAUCCGCCUCGGCAUCCUCGGUGCGCAUCCACGACGGUAUCGUCCGGGGUCCGCAUGGCUCUGGAUCGCGCAUCCCGCAAAGCACAGGAGUACUCAGCUCCUCCUCGUCCGCAAGGCACCCCUUCUUACCGCAGCGGCGCCCUGCCGUCUCAUCUACAACAACAAUACCAGCUCGGCAGAGCGGCGGCAGCACACCCACUGGCAGCGACAACCUGUUUACGCGCCUAACAGGAGAGCUUCCCUUUGGUGGUUUUGGCGCAGGCGCCUCGUACACUGAUAUGCUAAGCUCCUUGAUGCGUAGCUUUCACUCAAAUCGGCAUUGUCAGCACAGUGCGGAGCGCAAAGUGCCGCAAGAGUACGAUCCAAAGUGGACCCAUCCGUACGAGCCUGUGCCUGGUUUCACGCACAACAUUAUCGAACCACCUGUCGAUCUAGACACUUACUUUGAUGACAAGGCCGUCGUCACCGGUCCAUUGCCCGAAACAACCCCAAUUUGUCCAUGCUGUCGUCAUGCACUUGUCACGGGUGCCAACGGUGAUCAAAGGAUCUGGGUGCUGCCAUGCGGACAUGUCAUAGACGGACGAUGUGUCGAUCAGUUGAGUGGAUUGACUCCGCUACCACCGCCGCCAAGCAUCGAAGCUGAUCAUGUUCGUGGUGCACCCAACAAGGGAAAGGGUAAGGCCAAGGCUACCGAAGCCGCUCGAGAUGAACCACUCGCCAAGGUCUCUAGAACUUCCGCACGAAGUCGAGCUACAGCCAGCAUCGCACAGCCGACAAACUCGACGCCAAACAAGCCAAAGAAACCGAAACGCUUCGAAUGUCCCGUCAAAGGCUGCGGGCAGAAGUGUUCCAAGGAACCUGGCAGCAAGUUCUCCGCUUGGGAGGUCUUUGUUUGA